AACAAUUAUAAAUAUGCCAAAGGCCUUCCUUUAGCCCUCAAAGUGUUAGGUUCAUUUCUUUGCAAGAGAACUAUGGGGGAAUGGAAGGAUGCACUAGCUAAGUUCAAGAAAAUUCCUCUAAAUGACAUUUUGAAGAUACUUAAAGUAAGUUUGGAUGGAUUAGACAUUAAUGAGAAGACUAUAUUUUUGGAUAUUGCUUGCUUUUUUAAUGGGAUGGUCAAAGAUUGUGUCAUACAGAUUUUAAAAACUUUGGACAAGGAUCUUCACCCAGAAAUUGGAAUAAAUAUUCUUAUUGAGAAAUCACUUAUAAUUAAUCGUGAAGAGCAUUUGUGGGUCCAUGAAAUUCUCCAAGAUGUGGGUAAAUAUAUUGUCUAUCAAGAAUCACAUGAUGAUGCCGGCAAGCGUUCCAGGAUAUUGUCUUUGGAGGAUGUCAAUCAUGUGCUAGAAAGAAAUAAGGGGACAAAAGCAAUCCAGGAAUAAUUCUUACAUUAGAAAAGUCAUCUGACGUAUUUUGGGAUCCUGAAGCUUUCUCAAAGAUGAGUAAUCUCAAGUUACUUAUCAUUUCAAGUCGCUCACAUGAUUUAGAUUUUCAAUUGAAUCUUUCUUAUGGACUCAAAUCCCUUUCCAAUGGGCUAAAAGUCAUAGAAUGGGAGGGGUUUCCAUUAUUUUAUUUGCCAAGUCAAUCUCAACUCCAUGAACUUGUUGAGCUAAAAAUGCGACAAAGUAAGUUAAAAGAACUCUGGGGGGAAGACAGGUAAUGACAACCCUUUUCAUUUAAAUUGUUUGUUCAUAAUUUAAUACUAU